GAAUUGCCGCGUUCUUUAAUCGUCGUUUUUAGUGAAAACUUUAAGUGAUUCCUGUCAUUUUUAUCAGAAUUAACGCGUUUAAUCGGUUUAGUAACGAGUGUUUGUGUUUGUUUAAUCGUUAAAAUAAUUGUACGCGUUUAUCAUUGAUCGACGGUCGGUGCUAUCGGUUCCUUUUAGCGCGUGUGACGAUGGUAAAAUCUGUGAAUAUGGCAACUCACUACAAAAGAGUGGUACUGUGCCGUGGUUUGUCCGAAAAGAAUGAUUCGCAAGAGGCUUACAUAAAAACGUUAAGAGCGGCUGGAUAUACGUGCGAUUAUUUACCCACUCUGUGUUUCGAAUUUGUGAACGGUUCGGAGCUGCAGACAUGUCUGCUGUCACCGCUUUCAUACCAUGGAUUGAUACUGACAAGUCGACAUGCAGCCGAAGCAAUUGGCCUUGUUUCCGAAGAUGACAACGUUCUACGCCCUUGGAAAUCAUUACCAGUAUACUGUGUAGGGCCAGCAACCGAAUCCUUUGCCAAAAGUCACUUGGGUUCAGAGAACUGCUUUGGUAGUAACACUGGUAAUUCCAGGGAAUUAGCAGAAUUUUUGGUUCAGUCUGUUUCAAAAGAAUCGAAGCCUUUGUUAUAUCCUUGUAGCGAAAUUGGAAGGGAAACUAUUGAAAAGACCCUUAACGAAAAUGGCAUAAGUGUUCGUAAAAUAGUUGCAUAUAAAACUUUGCCUAGUAAAACAUUGGAACAUGAUUUGUUAAAAUUUCUUGAUAAUAGUCCAAAGAUAUUUGUUUUCUUUAGUCCUUCUACAGUAGAGCAUAUAACAAAUUCAUUGAGAAAGAAAUGUUACGAUAUGUGUAAUAUAAAAGCAGUUGCUAUUGGCCCUGUGACUAGGCAAGCAUUAUUCGAUGCUGAUAUAGAAGUUUUUGCAACUGCAAGUAAACCUGACCCUGCAUCUUUAUUGGAAGCUAUUAGCAAUGCCGAGAAAAUGCAAGUCAGUGAAAAGAUUGUAUGAAGAAAGGAAUGACAUGUACUUUACUGUUGUUCCAUGUAAGUAUGUAAAUGUUAAUCUGUUAAAUUGUAGUUAGAUUGUUAAUAUAGCAUCAAAGGGUAUUUACUUUUAUCUCUUACAGAAUUGAAAUGUGAUAAUUGAUGUUUAUGUUUAAAAAUUAUAUACUAAGAACAUAGUGUCAUAAACUUUGUAGAUAUUUCUUUGUCAAUGUUUAUUAUAAUUUUACUUCUUUAAUUAUGUUAUAUAAUUUAUCUUGAAUUUAUUGAAAUACAAACUGUAAGUCAGUCUAUAAGUUCAUAAUUUUAGUAAAUUUUAUUUUUAU